AUGUAUGGAACAAGUGGUCUUUUUAUUGAAGAGGUUGUUUUUGCUAUGACAAGUAAUGAUAGUAAUGAAAGUAAUUGUUUUCACCCUCUACCUGAUAAAAGUAAGCAAAAAGGAGUAAACACUCUUUAG